GCUUCAGAAGACAAACGAGCGUAGAGGAAACAAGCCGCGCAAACGCUUUCCAGCUUUGAUAGUUUUCUAUCCAACGUUUUACGUGAAUUUGUGAAUGAAAGCGGCUGAGGAAGAGGAGGCGCAGGUUAAGUGGACGCUGCUUCCAGUGCACGGAUCGCCUGCUUUAAUGCACGAAAAGAAGACGCGUUUUCCCUCACAGAUCGAAGAGCUUUCUUCGGGCAGACUUUUGCGCUGUUGUGGGGGGAGCCGCAAACUUUCUUCCUUUUAAAAAAUAAAUAAAAAGCUCAGAUUGCAUUUUUUCCCCCUUCAAACAUUUUGGAGGUGAUGUCAUCGGCCCGUGUUUUGGCUGCUGGUGCGCUGGAGCUCCAGAAUUGAGUCCGAGAAAUCAGGUGCAGGGAGCUGCGAGCGUGUGCCGCUUUCCUUCUGCUUUCACUUUCCCUCCCCAUCAUCUGACCUGGAGCGCGCCGCCGUCUCUCCGGCGCAGCAGCCAUGACCGAGCACGCUCCGCGGUACCCGGAGUCCAGCUCGCCGCCGCUGCGCCUUCACCGCUCCAUCCCCGUCCAGGUGCUCUGCCUCCCGCGGCGCGUCAUUUCGCCCGUAGUGGAUCAGCAGUGACACGAACUCUCAAGCGUGCGCAUGCACUCUACGGAGUUUGAAUCCUUAUCUGUGGAAGGGCAUUUUCGGCAGGAAAAGUUACGCUCAGACUGCUUGGAAAACACUGGGCACGAACCUUUUGCUGGCUGUCGAAAAGUUUUUAUGAGCGGAAACGACAAAUAGGCGUGGGUCGCGUUUGAACUUCGCUUCACCUGUUCCUCAGACUCCGGAGGUUCACGCUUCGCCCCGCCUCCUGCCCGUUACCGACCGUGCACCGCAACCAUCCGUGUCGGCGGCGGCUCACACCCCGCUGACCCCUUGCCGCCCGUUGACGGAAAAAGAUGCAUUCCACCGGCGCCAGCGGGAACAUCUACAGACCCUGCAUUCAAACGGAUUAAACAAACCGGACAGACGUGAAGCUGUGACCCGGAGAGCCGUUUCGCAAUCGCGCACGGAGCCACACGGACGCGGAGGAAGCGAUGUGGGCCUUUCUCUCCACGGUGGCUGUCUUGUAUAUCCAGAUGAUGCUGGUCAUGUGCAAUCCUCUACAGGUGUUUGGAGUGGACGGGGUGAAUUUCAGCGUGCACGUGGAGAAUCAGACUCGUGCACGAGACGGCAUGAGCCGGCGACAUCAUCGCGUGUACCAGCUUUACAGCCGCACCAGUGGGAAACACGUCCAGGUGAUCGGACGCAAAAUCAGCGCCCAAGGAGAGGACGGAGACAAAUAUGCCCAGCUCGUAGUGGAGGCAGACACCUUCGGCAGCCAGGUGCGAAUCCGAGGGAAGGAAACCAAUUAUUACCUGUGUAUGAACCGCAGAGGGAAACUCGUAGGCAAGAAGGCCAGCAAUCGUAGUGCAGACUGCGUCUUCAUCGAGAAGGUUCUGGAAAACAACUACACAGCACUUAUGUCAGCGCGCUACACUGGGUGGUACGUGGGCUUUACCAAAAGAGGGCGCCCUCGCCGUGGUCCGAACACGCUUCCCAACCAGCAGGACGUCCACUUCAUGAAGCGCUUCCCACCCGGAGAGCAGCCGGAUUUAACGCCGUUCCGCUUCACUACCGUCAGCAAGAGGAGCAAGAGAGUCCGUGCGGCGCGACCACGCUAA